AUUCAAUCUAUAGUAAUCCGUUAAAAGCAAUACAACAACCAUAGGACUAUUUUGUACCAAAAACAAACGAAAUUUAAGUAACUUUUUUUAAUAUUUUAUAUAUUUGCUUAGUGCAAUGGAUGCCAUUUGCAAGUUUUUGAGCAGCGACUUGUCUGGUUUGCUAAAAAGCAUUUUCAGCACUCUUGGCUUUGGAUCUUCAACUUCGUGUACAGAUGAAGAGUUAGCUGUUGAAGUAAGGGGACAAAAUAAAAAGUCUCGUUUGGUAACGCGUCCUAGUUAUACAAUAAGACACCAUUAUCCGGGUCCUUUGAUCACCUACGAUGGUGAGGAGCGAUGUGAGCCGCGUCUUAUUCGCUUUUCGGACUUAAGCUGUAGCAAAUUGGAAGAAAUUUUAAAGGAUAUUAAAGAUGAGGAUGAAGAAAACGAGAAGUGUGAAGAAAUAUGUGAAGAGGAGCCGGAGAAUCAGUGUCCUGACCAGGAAGACAUAAAGUUAACUCCAGAGAACGAGGAAAAAGGCUGCCAGACAAGUCAAUCCGUAGAGACCUGCUGGCCUCAAGAAGAUUCAGAGAAUGAGUUAUCAGAAGAAUCAAAUGCAAGGCUUUUGCAUUUUGUAAAGAAUCUCUUUCCCAAAAGAAAAUGUAUGAAAAAUUAUAGGUUAAGUGGAGGAAAAGAUGUAGCCAGUGAUAUAAGCAUUAAUAAAAAUCCACCUACUGAAGAGGAGCUGGCAAACCAUGAACAUCGUGCUAGGGCUAUAUACGAAAACUAUGUUGAGGAGCUGCCAAAUGCACCAUCUUGGAAAUCUUUAAAACCGGCGGAAAAGCUGCGUUUUCAGUGGAAGGCUUUAACAGGAGACGAACUGAAGGAAACUCCUUACGAAAAUUUCCGUUUGACUUUCGACAGGAGUUUUCAAAAGACUUAUCCAUGGGCCUCAAAUUGCACUGUUCGAACUGAGGGGAGAAUCACCUGGUGCAACCUGGAUCGCGACGAGCGGAUGCCCUUUAUACUGCAGGCUCUACUGUACCAAGUGGCCAGCGGAGCCAUCGAUCCCGAAGAUCACUGUGCGGUUCGUAAACUUUUUCACAAGAUGAGAUGAAGGGAAAAGAAAAGAAGCGUUUUCCAUUUCGAUUUCGAUUUUAUACGAACCAGAUGUUGUGUGGCCAAUCUAUUUCGGUGCUGAGCCUCAAAAUUCGCAGCUCUUUCUC